CCUGUAUUCCAGGUUGCACUUGUGUAUGAAGUGGAGAAUUUAGAUCUCCAAGUAACAACACCCAUCAAAUGCCUUGGGAAUGGUACAUAAAUUGUGGUUACAUAGUUAGCAUGUCUGCUCUGUACAGUGGAGUUUUUCAUGGUUUUUCUGUUUCUCCUGGAAGUUCUUAAGAUAUUAGUUUAAAUUAGAUUGCAGCAGUUUCCUUUUAGAUCCUUUCCAAUUCUUCAUUUGCAAUUAUCCUACCAUUCAACCCUGUGACAUAUGUAGUUAAAAAGCAUAUUUAAAUGCCUCAAGAAUAAUCAAUGCUGGAUAGAAAUAGGGCUUGUUGGUUUCAUUCCCAGAAAUAUUUUGUGAAUGAUUCUAAGUAAGAUCAGUUAAUACUCAAGGAUUCAGCCCAAGAAAAUGUCAUAAGACACUUGUCUGUGAAACAUGAACUGUGGGCUUAUAUCUGCUACAUGUUUAUAUUUCUUAAGUAUUACAACAUAUCUGUCUAACCAGGGUUUAAUUUUUAGCAGGGGCAAGACUUUAACUUUGCCGCCAUGUCUCAACUGACAGUGGCCCACCCAGAAUUCUCUGAAAAGGGUACCAGGCAGUCUUUCCCCUAACUACCUAAUCCCUUCCUUGAGCCAAGGUUAGGUGAGUACAACUACAUCUCCACUCCCACAUAUACUGAGCUGAGUAUUUCAAAGAAGAAUGGAUGAGUACUGUAAAAUGUUGGGAAACAUGAAUUCUAAGCAAAAUAACAGUAAAAAUAUUCUCAAUAAAACUAAUGCAGUAUAUUAAUAUAGUUUCAUAAUCCUUCAUAAUAGUGUACACAGAUUACAUUUAUGUCAACCAUUCAUACCAACUGCCAUCUGACGAGAAAAUUAUUAUUAAUUCAGUGUUUUAAGGUUGAUUUGUACGCCGUUGUAAUAAACAUUAACCCAAUAUGUUUGAAUUUCCCACUGGCGUAUAAAUACCAACAUUAUGUUGAAAGUAGAAACAACCAAAUUUUUACGCAUUUGCAAUGGAAUACGUCACUAACCGUCACUAAGGUCAAUAACUGUGGGGAUGAGGCACGCAGGGUCGUUCCCACGCACCUCUGGCCAGGUGAAUGGGGGUGGUGUGCAUUGUCCUGUGUCUUUGGCAAAGUGAGAAUCGUGAGAAUGUCAUUUCUGGGAGGCAGAAGUGCAAGCGAGAGAGAAAUGGGAUUAAGUCAUGACGAGGAUUUAUUGAUUUUACCACAAGCAUCUGAACCAAGACCUGUACAAGACAUAUCAGGAUGUGUGAAGGCACGUUAUGUGAUGGCUCUGAUGGGCUUCCUCGGGUUUGCCAUUGUUUAUGCAAUGAGGGUAAACCUGUCUGUAGUUAUUGUUGCUAUGGUGAACAACACUGCCAUCCCAAAAGCUAAUGACUCUGACAGCACGGAUGUCUGCGCUAUGGAGUUCACAAAUGAGACAGUUGUACAGCCGGAGGGAGAAUUUGUAUGGGAUGAAAGUGUCCAAGGUAUAAUUCUUGGUUCCUUCUUUUAUGGAUAUGUUGUGACUCAAAUCCCAGGAGGACGACUUGCAGAACUUUAUGGAGGGAAAUUAGUGUUUGGUCUUGGUGUUUUGAUCACUGGCAUUCUCACUACCUUAAGCCCUCUGGCAGCUAAGCUAGGAACAUCUUUUUUUAUUGUUAUUCGCGUCUUGGAAGGACUUGGUGAGGGUGUUACAUUUCCAUCCAUGCAUGUGAUGUUGGCUCGUUGGAUACCCCCAUCAGAAAGAAGCAAGUUUUCUGCCUAUGUGUAUGCAGGUUCAAAUUUUGGAACAAUAAUAUCAAUGCCUUUAUCGGGUUAUUUAUGUUCCCUGGAGUUCCUAGGAGGGUGGCCACUGUCAUUUUAUAUAUUUGGAGGUCUUGGAGUUGUUUGGUUUAUGGUAUGGCUGUUUGUAGUGUAUGAUACACCAGCUUUACAUCCCUAUAUCUCAAUUCAAGAGAAGAACCAUAUAAUUUCACAAGUUGGAGAUAAUCACUUGGAAGAAGGCAGAAGCAUACCUUGGAAGUCAAUCUUGACAUGCGUUCCAUUAUGGGCUAUACUGGUGACUCAGUGUGGUAUGUCUUGGAUAUUUUAUACACAACUGACAGAGUUGCCAACCUAUAUGAAGAAUGUUCUACAAUUUGACAUCACACAAGACAGUAUGCUGUCUACGUUGCCAUAUAUAACCAGCUGGCUGUUUGGAAUAGGAUUUAGCCAUAUUGCCGACUGGCUGGUCUUAAAGGGCUAUCUGUCUGUCCUUAAUUCCUAUAAAACAUUCAAUUCUAUAGGUAUGGUAAUACCAUCUCUUGGUUUGGUGGCUGUAGCUUGGGUCGGAUGUGAUCGUCUGGCUGUCAUGCUCUUACUGGCUAUUGCAGGAGGCUUUAGUGGUGCUGUUUAUGCUGGAAAUCAGAUGAAUCAUAUUGCCCUUAGUCCACAUUUUGCUGGGACUAUGUAUGGUAUCACAAAUGCUGCAGCCAAUACAUGCGGCUUCCUUGCUCCGUAUGCAAUAGGCUUGUUAAUUAAUGGGAAUGACACUCUGACUCAGUGGCGUAAGGUAUUCUACAUAGCAGCAGCCGUGACCAUAGUUGGAAAUCUGUUCUAUGUUGUGUUUGCUUCAGCAACAGAACAGUCUUGGAGCUUGGAAAUUUCAAACAAAAUUAAAGAUGAAAAGGAAAAGGAAAUUAACAGAGCAAAUUCCAUUCAACAACCAUGACUUGGAAUAUAGAAGAAUUUAUUUUAUGUAUUUGUAUAGUAUAUUGCCAUGUCUGUGAUAUUGUGGUGAACUUAUUUUGAUACAGUAAUGGAUAGUAUUUUGGUAAUAUUAGCAGUUCCUCGAUCCAUUCUUCAGAUCAUGAAUCCGAAGAUGGUUUUGAUAGGUUCAGAGCAACCUGUUUUGUCCAUUUUGACUUCACUAUAAUAACCAGGGAGAAACAGAAUAUAUUGGCUUCUUAUGAAGUAAUUUAGUGUGAAUUUUCAAACAUUUUCAAUACCAAAGGUAAAAAUAUCUCAGAAUUUGUAUUGCGUAUGUAGCCUGUUUCUCAUUGUGCUUUGACACUAAUUUUAUCAUUUAUACCUACAAUGAAAUCUCAGUUGAAUGCAGUUUAGGGGAAGGUUACAAUUUUAUCUUCAAAUAUUAAAAAUUUUACAUUUAAAUUAUGUUGAAUUUAAUCACAGUUUUUUGAGUAGUUGGACGUCACUCUCCAAAUUUAAACCACCAUUCAAUUUACAUCACAAUUUUAACUUUCUUCUCGUCUGUCAGCCACACUGGAUUACUUAGCAGGAUUGCUGGAUGAGGGAUCAUAGCUGGUUUAAGGGGAACAGGGAAGCAACUGGUUGCCACUUUUAAUGAGGUAUUGAUACAGGCAUAUGCCUGCUGAGAAUUGUAGAAAUCAUAAAAGACCUCAGUCAGAUAACUUCUGCUGACAAAAAGUGAAACCAGAUGCCUCUAAAUGUAAAACUAAUGCUCUGCCACCUGAUCUAUUCUUUGUACACUAUGUAAAUAUAGUGUUCACAUGUAACACUCUGCGUUAAUGUGAGGAUAGAUUAUAGCAUGCAAAGUAUUUAAAGCUCUA